CCGUAUCUCAAAGAUCCCGACUUUCGAGUGGCUAAGGGGAAAAAAAAUCGGAGACGUAGUUUGGAAAAAAAAAAUUGUCCACUGUGUUCAUACUCAUGAGGUCGCCCGUUAAUUAAUCCAAUUCGUCGCCGAAGUUUUGCCGGAAUUGCGUUUGAGAUGAUCGGUGGAGGGAGAGUUUACUGGGGAAGAAAGGUGGAUGAGGAAGCGGACGCCUCGGCGGCGGUGUCGGCGGAAGACGGCGGAUCCAACGGCGUCGUCGUGAUCUUCGCCUGGAGCUCGAUCAACGAUAAUCGGUUGAGAAACUACAUCUAUCUGUACUCUUCCCUCGGUUGGAAUUCUCUUGUUUGCCGCGCUGAUUUCCUCACUGCGUUUUCCCAGGAGAUGGCUAUGUCUCUAGCUUAUGCCCUUCUUGCUGAACUUAUCGAGGAGCUAAAGAUCAGACCAUCUCCUGUAGUCUUCUUAGCUCUUUCUGGGGCUCCAAAAGCUUGCUUGUACAAAGUUUUCCAGGUAAUCCAGGCUGCUUGUGAAGCUCAUCUUCAUUCGGACGAUAGCCAGUUGGUUAGGAAUUGCCUUUCUGGGCAUAUCUAUGACUCUGGUCCAUUGGAUUUUACGAGCGAUUUCGGUGCAAAAUUUGCUCUACACCCCACGAUACAGAAAAUGCCUGGGCCUGCAAGACUAGUUUCUUGGGUGGUGAAAGGGAUUACUUCUGGUCUUGACGGUUUAUAUCUUACAAGAUUUGAAUCUCAACGCACUGAGUAUUGGCAGGCUCUGUACUCAUCAGUUGGACUCGGUGCUCCAUAUCUAAUCUUGUACUCGGAGAAUGAUGAACUCACACCUCACCAAGUUAUUUCCAGCUUCGCCCAUCAUUUGCAGGAACUGGGAGGACAAGUUAAAGUUGUGAAGUGGGACAAUUCUCCUCAUGCAGGACACUACACGCAUUACCCUAUCCAGUACAGGGCCGUUAUUUCCAACUUCCUAGAAAAGGCAAUGUCAACCUACUUGCAGAAAAUCCGGCAGCAUGGAGAGAGAGCUCAAAAGCACGAUGAGAUAUCCGAGCUAAUAUGCGACCUCCAGAAAGCGGCAGUGAACUCUAACCAAAGCCUAAGAAGAGUAGCCACCGGGCCGAGCGACCACUUCUUCUUACCAAGCUCGGCGCCCUACCAAACCACGGACCCCACAUCCUCACAAAUUGAGCAGAGGGAUGGAUCUCCCUUCCGGUUGUCGCAGCCACACAGCAUAAACGCACACAGCGUUCUUGGGCAGUUCUUAUUCGACGCAUGUGUUCCCAAGAACAUUGAGGGAUGGGACAUCAGAUUCACAGGCUCCUUGAAUGGCCAACCCUACGCCUCUUCCUCUUCUCGAAAGAUUUCAGACAACGGUUUCAAGAAGCGCAGUCUGCGUUCAAGAUUAUGAAUAUGACACACCCGAAAAGCCUUGUCCUAGAGAACAUUUCCCAGCAGUCGCGAAGCGUGUGCUUCGACAAGUUUGGGUUUGAGGGACGUUUUACGGGAAACCCUCCACAUGUUACCGACCACAAAGCGUGCGCACAGAGGGAUUCAACACUCGAGGUAUGUACACUACACUGGAAAUGUGGAACAUGUAAAUAUGGCGAAGAUAAUCACGUUCUAAGUUCUAACCUUUUGUCCAGGGAUUCGAUGAAAUGUCGUCGUAGUACAAUAAUAAGCCUGGUAAGAUAACGUAUAUUGUGAGAUUAUGUACAUGAUGACGUGUUAAUAGAAUGUGAGAUAAGAUAAGAGUAUGGUAAUUGGACA